AUGGCGACAAACCGGUCGCCGUGCGACGAACAAUGCACGACGGCACGGGCGGUGAGGCAACGACACGGUCGCUCAUCGCCGCCCAGUGAGGCCAUUAGCGCCGGUGGAGGCAGCAACGUGGAGUACGCCUCUCGGCAAGAAUAUCAAUUGGCCACUCGACAAAUCUUUUUCCUAAUCAACGUCAAUUGUCAAGACGGCGCCAAUUGCACCUGA